UCCGCGGCGAUGGCGGCGCUGCGCUGGCGGGCGCUGCUGGGCCCGCUCGAAGCACGGCUGAGGGCCGGGCCCCGCGCCCCGCUCCGCUCCGCCGCCUCCGCCCCGCCGCUCUACGAUGUGGUGGUGUCGGGCGGGGGCAUGGUCGGGAGCGCCAUGGCCGCCGUUCUGGGGCAUGACAUCCACUUCCAUGAUAAAAAGAUUGCUUUGCUGGAGGCUGGUCCUAGGAAAGAAUAUGAUCACAUGCCAGACAGUUACAGCAACAGGGUCAGUUCCAUCUCCCCAGGAUCAGCAACCCUCCUAAGCAGUUGUGGUGCCUGGGAUCAUGUCUGCAGCCUGAGACUCAAACCAUUCCGGCGAAUGCAGGUGUGGGAUGCUUGUUCAGAAGCCAUGAUCGUUUUUGAGAAAGAUGACUUAGAUGACAUGGGUUACAUAGUGGAGAAUGAUGUCAUUAUGUCUGCUCUCACAAAACAGUUAGAUGCAGUAGCAGACCGGGUGGAGGUCUUCUACAGGAGCAAAGCAGUUGGGUACACCUGGCCCCUUCCAUCCCAUGGCUGUGACACAAGCCCUUGGGUCCAAGUUGAGUUAGCUGAUGGACGCAGACUUCAGACCAAGCUGCUGAUUGGUGCAGAUGGUCAUAACUCUAUGGUCCGAAAGGAAGCUGAAAUUAAGAACAUUGAACAUCAGUAUGACCAGUCAGCUGUGGUGGCAACUCUCCAUUUAUCUGAGGCCACAGACAACAAUGUAGCAUGGCAGCGGUUCCUUCCCACUGGGCCAAUUGCGCUUCUUCCGCUGUCUGACACUGCCAGCUCUCUGGUCUGGUCUACAUCUCAUGACCAUGCAUCGGAACUUCUUGCUAUGGAUGAGGAAAGCUUUGUGGAUAGCAUCAACUCUGCCUUUUGGAGCAACAUAAACCACUCUGACUUCAUUGACACUGCUGGGGCCAUGUUUCGUUCUGCCAUUUCACUCCUGAAGCCCUCAGGGACUGCAGUCCGUCAGCUGCCCCCAAGUGUUGCUAAAGUAGAUCCAGAGAGCCGAGCCAUGUUCCCCCUUGGACUGGGCCACGCCACAGAGUACGUCCAGCACCGCGUGGCUCUCAUCGGGGAUGCAGCACACAGAGUCCACCCCCUUGCAGGACAAGGAGUGAACCUGGGCUUUGGUGAUAUUGCAUGUUUAGCUCAUCACCUCAGUGCAGCAGCCUUCAACGGGAGCGAUCUGGGCUCCUUAAAACACCUCCUCAAGUUUGAAACAGAACGUCAGAGGCAUAAUGUCUCCUUGAUAGUUGCUACUGAUAUGCUAAAAAGGCUGUACUCUACCACACUGGCUCCUCUGGUGUUGUUGAGGACAUGGGGAUUGCAAGCAACAAAUGCCCUGCCUCCUGUCAAAGAGCAAAUCAUGGCUUUUGCCAGCAAGUGAUCUGUUGUCAGUCUGCCUGUCAGCAGCUUGCCUAUGAAUGCAUUGCCCUUAAAAGGACUGUGACUGACUUGAAUCUUUGAAUUUUUAAUUUACAAUAAAACUGAGGGAUUGAGCUGUG